AAGAUCAUAAAGUUAACCUCGUACAAUCGCCUUCAACUCAAAACGCUUAUAUUACAAGUUUUAUUGUGCUAUAUACAUCCCAGUUAUGCCAUGAUUAUUCUGGAAAAAUCGUAUUUCAACAGUCGGAAGUUUCUGGAACAUUUGGAGUUAUUAGCCUUUAUGAAUAUGCAAAAUACCAACCGAAAACUUCAUGUUGGGGUUUAUCGUGGUCCAUGUUAACAAGGUUCCUUAAUUUGGUUUCCUUCCAAUCAAAUGUCUUCUAAAACAAUCACUCUCACCUAAUUAUAAAAGCUGCCUUGAUAUUUUCGCGGUAUGCAAGUUGUGGAGAAGCUGUCUUAAGCUCAUGACUAGUGGGAUUCCCACCAUCCUACUGAAUAAGUUCUUGAUUGAAAGACCAUGAUAACUCUGUUGGCGUUGAUUACAUUUUCUCUACAGGGUCUUGUGAGUACGUACAGCAAGAUAGUUGGUCAUGAUCCGUGGUAUAAAUCGUCAGCACAUUACUGGUCAUUCAACACCAUCAAUACCAAUAAACACCUCAAAGAUGUGACAGGCUACGAAAAAAGUAAUGUAUAUGGAGGAGCAGAAACCAUACCUGGAGUCAGUAAAUAUGCUUUAAAGUUAGAUGGAGUCGUUAGUACAGGAGCUAAUCUCGGCAACUUUGCCGGGACUUGCCUUAGCGAGCCGUCUAUCUGUAAGCAUGGGUUUACCGUUUCGUUCUGGUUAAAGCUAGAUGCAUCAAGCAUCAGUGAAAUAUUCUAUCAAGUUAUUCUUCAGUUAUCAAGGACUUUGGAAUCAGUAGGUUCUACAAUUUACGCGAAAAAGAAUAAAAUUGGAUUUGAAGUGAAUGACAGAAACAUUAGCAGAAAUGUCGAAGUUUAUUGGAACUACACUGAAUGGGUUCAUGUCAGUCUGGUGUGGAACAAAAUGGCGGAUACUGUCCAAGUGUUACUAAAUUGCGAACAAAAGCCUUAUUUGAAGCAAACUGAAACGACCAAUAAGUUUUCAAUAAUCCCUGCACAGAAUCAACUUUGGCUCGGAUCGAAUUAUGCUCAGUUAAAAAACUGUAAAUUAGAAAUAGAUGAAUUGGUUAUUUGGUACGACGUUCUGUCUUCACAAGACUUGUGCUACAUCAAGGACGCCAGAGCAGUCGAUGGUGGGUUUUCACAAUGGAGUAACUUUUCCUCAUGUAGUGCAUCUUGUGGCCAAAGUACACGAAUACGUGAACGAACCUGUACAAAUCCUCCAACUCAACAUGGUGGAAUAAGCUGCUCGGUUCUUGGUCCAUCUCAAGAAUCAAUGCCUUGUUUCCUAAGGAAAUGUCCAAUCCACGGUAACUAUACUUCCUGGUCAGAGUACACGCUCUGUAGUAAAACCUGUGGGGGUGGGGUACGUACUAGAUUUAGAACUUGUUCUAAUCCUGAACCUCAGUACGGAGGAAUGAACUGUUCCCGCUACGGGGACUAUAUCGAUAGACUAGCCUGCAAUGUUGAUAAUUGUCCAAUAGAUGGAGGAUAUAGUCAAUGGUCAAAUUAUUCACAAUGUUCAGUGUCUUGUGGUGAUGGAAUUAGAACGAGAACGAGAACCUGUACUAAACCUGUGCCUCAGUAUGGAGGGCUAAAUUGCUCCCAUCUUGGAGGAACAGAGCAAACACAGAAAUGUUUUGUUACAAUAUGUCCAGUAGAUGGUAACUACAGCGAAUGGAGUGUGUUUUCGUCUUGUAGUAAAACUUGUGGCAGAGGAAUCAAAACUAGGAAUAGAAAGUGUGAUAAUCCCGCGCCAAUAGGGGGCGGGAGAGAUUGUUUGCGUCUUGGGCUACCUGUGGAAUCAGUAGCUUGUAAUACACAAGAGUGCCCUAUUAAUGGAGGGUAUAGUUCGUGGUCUAUGUUCAGUACUUGUUCAAAAUCAUGCCAAGGAGGAAUUCAGAUAAGGACCAGAAACUGCACAAAUCCGCCUGCUCAAGAAGGUGGAAUGAACUGCUCCCGUCUAGGACCCCCUAAAGAGACACGGAGUUGUAAUACUGAUCCGUGCCCGAUUGAUGGGGCGUACGGACAGUGGAGUGAUUUCGGUCAAUGCUCAGUGACGUGUGGUGGAGGAAGAACGCGCAGAACCAGGAAGUGUGAUAGCCCGAAGCCAUCGUAUGGAGGAAAAAAUUGUUCAAAACUCGGUCCAAACAAAGAAAUCAAGACGUGUAAUAAUGAAGAUUGUCCGGAUAUUUCCUUCGUUUCAACGAUGGUUUUUACUGAUGAAGUAUUUCGACCAGAAAUGUACGAGACAUCGGCCGAGGCGUUUAAAGAACACACGAAGAAAGUCAAGUGGAAUCUCAGUAAACUUUACGGCCCGGAAUCAGCUCUCAAAGAAGUGGUGAUCAGUUUUUGUCAACCAAGUGAUAUAACGAUCAACGGGUCGAGUGGGAUCCAGUGCAAAUUGGAGUUUCGUUUUUCCUCGUCGCGUUAUGAUGGGAUUAUCAAACUACAAGACGCUUUGCAGAUUAAACGACGUAUUCACGAGAUGCCUGUCAAGUCGUUCUUUAUUAACAGCGUAGAUGUCCCAACAGAUCAUAAACUACAAGUCAAGGCGUUCAAUACCAGCACGCGAAGCAUCAUGGUAACGUGGGUCCCAAGCGCCAAACGAGAAAACGUCGAAGGCUAUCACAUUCUGUACACAGACGAGAUGGGAAACUCUUACAGUACUGUCGUUAAUGAUGCUGAAACUGACCUUAGAGAACUGAACAAUCUACUGGUGUAUCACAAGUAUUGUAUUCGUGUUAUAGCUUACAGUAGACGUGGAGAUGGACUGGCAACGUCUCCCGUGUGUGUCAAUACUGAUUACGCAGUUCCCAGUGGUUCGCCUAAUUUAACAGUUGGAAUCACAAACACGACAAUGCUGUCCGUAACGUGGAACACGCCAGGGAAAAGCAUCUUACGUGGAAAACUACUUGGAUAUCAAAUGAUGUACGGGAGAGUUAAUUCUACUUAUAAUGGUACAAUCAAUGAUAACGUGAUGUUGGAUCUCGCACCAACAGCCAAUCAAGUUUUUCUUACUGGAUUGGAAAAAUUUAGCCUGUACGCAGUCAAGUUAGCUGUGUACAACCAAAAGGGACUUGGGAAAUGGAGUGAGAUCAUUGUACGAACUGGAGAAGAUGUUCCCGGCAUGCCUCCACGUAUCAUAAGCGUGUAUAACACCAGUUCUACGACACUAAACGUCAAGUGGCAUCCAAUACCCGAAGAGUAUCAUUUUGGUCAGUUGCUAGGUUACCGUAUAUUUUAUAAGGAUACGACCACCACCAAUACAUCUGAUUACGAGAGUUUGGACGUCGGACCGGACGCACAGGAAGCCGAUAUUACAGGGUUAAAUAUGUACAGGAAUUAUGUUGUACAAGUGGCUGGGUUCAAUGGACCAGGAGAAGGAAAACCAUCAAAAGGAACAAUAGUAUCAACUGAUGAAGAUGUUCCCAGUCUUCCUCCACAAGACCUGACUGUGGCAAACAUCUCCUCUACCAUACUAUUAGUUCAAUGGAACCCAGUCCCCAGAGAAGAUCGUAACGGCAUCAUCCUAGGUUACAAGAUUUUGUAUAAGAUAUCAGGAAACGAUAAUGCUUCAUUCAUAGCCAAGCAAUGCAGUUGUCGAACAAGGGCAGCAGAGAUAAAGAACCUCUUGAAAUUUACUGCAUAUGAUGUGCGUGUUCUAGCAUUUACAUCUAAAGGAGACGGGUCUUUAUCAGACGUAGUGACGGCAAGAACAGCAGAGGAUAAGCCGAGUCAUCCUCCAACAUUAAUGUCUUUCCACAACACUAGCUCGAGCAGCCUGCGAGUCACUUGGCUUCACAUUCCACCACAUUAUGCGCACGGGGUUCUACUGGGAUACCGGGUGCUAUAUCGCUCUUUAAACGUCACUGAGGACAUGUACUCUGUGGCUCAAGUUGGACCAACAACUUUGGAGGUGGAAUUAGAGAAUCUGUAUAAAUAUAUGGAUUAUGGAGUACGAGUGAUGGGCUUCACUAAAAUGGGACUGGGAACGGUUAGUGACGAGCUGAUCGUACGGACAGAUGAAGAUGUUCCCAGUUGGCCUCCAGAGCAAGUUACAGCAUCCAAUAAAACAAGCCCUACUAAAAUAUCAGUACGCUGGCAGCCAAUCAGCGAUCAGUAUUAUAUCCAUGGUAUAUUACUAGGUUAUAAGGUGUUAUACCGUGCAGUUAGCAACCCUGAUGAAGUCCUGCACGGUGACCAGAAAGUCGCGGUUCUCGACCCUGGUGUUCUUGAUGUCACUCUAGAAAAUUUGACGUCUUAUACUGUGUAUUCAAUCAAUGUGGUGGCUUUUACGAGUAAAGGGAAUGGAGUGUCUAGUCCUACUAUCUAUGCAGAAACCUGUAACUGUCACAAAUCAAUGUACACCAAUUGGUGGAUCAAUCCUCCAUAUAUGAGCAAUAAUGUUUCUGGAAUCUUCCCUUCAAUCCUGAAAAUGCUUACUCAGACGUGUUGUGGAGACUGCGCAGAACACGCUAAAACUGAAAUAAACUUUCAAAACUCAAGUGCGGUGAGUUUCGCUGCCAAGCCUGGGGAAAACCAAGUUAAAGAAGCCAUUCGUUCUACCACGGAGUUUAGCUUUCCUGUCCAUGGUCGCAAGCAACAGUUGUUUUACAACGAUUUUGCGUUCAUCCCAUUGGUAGAGUCUGGGGGAACUGUGUUCAUGACAAUGGCACCGGAACCUGGGUCGACUGCUAGGAUGGUUGUAUGGUCGGUGAUUGACAUGUGGCCGAUGUGUAUUGUUGUAUUCAUCUCCGCCUUUUUUGCGGGCAUUUUAAUGUGGAUAUUGGAUUGUUAUUUCAAUACGAGAGAGUUCCCGAAGUCUCCAUUCAGAGGACCAAUGGAAGGAAUGUGGUGGGCGUUCAUUACCAUGACGACACUGGGGUACGGAGAUCGUGUUCCUAAGAGCUUCCAUUCCAAGUCGUUCGGUGUCGUGUGGAUCGCUUGUGGUUUAGUUAUUGUGUCUUUGUUCAUGUCUCUCAUCACUGCGACACUCACAACUGAAGUUAUUGGGAAAGAGAAGAUGAUUUAUGGAUCACAAGUGGCUGCUAUUCGCAACUCUUCUCAAUAUCGUCAUGGGAUAAGAAUGAAUGCCAAAAUGGACAAUGGUAAGGAGUACAACAACCUGAUAGACGUGUUUAUUGCUUUAAAGCGACGUUCAGUCGAUGGAGCCCUAAUCGAUGCAUACUCGGUGGGGAGUAGACAGGAUUUGUUUAAUGACCCGGCAAUGGUUGUCAGUAAGAUCAUUAAACAUCAGUCGGCAUCAUACGGCGUCGUGCUGGCCGGGGAUGCGCAAAGAUUACAGAGAUGCUUUAGGGACUUUUUAAGAGAAGAAAGAGCGAAAGUGUUUGAUGCAAUCACUAGUAACGUUAUCCCAGUACAGGGUACGAAGAAACAAAAAGACAAAACAGCGGGCUUGUUCGAUGCAGAAUCUGAAGUAUUUCAGCAAGCAUUACGAUGGACUCUUAUACUAUUAGGUAUCUUCUUUGUUGUGUUUCUCAUCUACGAGCUGAUAACACGAAGACGUCGCGACCCAAACCCUAAGAAAUACGAUUUUAGCGAGGGUAACGAAUGGAUACCCACUAUAGUGAAAACUAACCGACCACAAGAAAGCUAUCAGAAAACACGAGAAGCGAUGCUUCAAGUGCUGCAAGAAUUUCACGUAAACUGUAGAAUGAAAACUGCUCAGCUCAGAAAAAAACACAGGCGAGAACUUCUACAGUUGUAUAAAAUGAAAGAACAGGAAUUACGGACAGAUCACAAAGAGGAGAUAGAUACAAAGGAAAGACUCCUAGAAAGAGUAAGAAACACGCUCUUGGGGUUUGUUAACAACACUUUCCAGCCAGCUACUGGUACACCCGUGUAAGUUCAACCACUCAGGCCUAUUUCUAAGAUAUUUACGCGUGGCAAGAGGGACAGCGAGAAAAGAAGAGUGCAAGGAAGAAGACCUGUAAACUAAGCUGGAAAAUGUGAUAUUGAGGACAAAUAUUGCGAGCGUAAAGAAAAAUUAUUCGGAUCUUAGUAAGAAAACGGGCCAACGAAUUGAACAAGUUGACGUUUAUCCAGUCAUGACGAGAUUUCAGUAAACCAAUCAUAGUGCACGGUAGAUUGCUGCAAGUCCAAUCAUAUCACGGUCACCGAUACAAAAUGACGACAUUAUACAUUGAACCAAUCACAGCGUGCGAAAUGACAACAUUUCAUUAAACCAAUCACAGCGCGCUUAAUGACGACAUUACAUUAAACCAAUCAUAGGCGCGAUGGAUUGCUGCUCAUCCAGUCAUAGAUCACGAUCCAAUCACAGCGCGCGUUUGAUUGCAUGCUAUUAAACCAAUCAUGGAUCUAGGUCACUUGUACGAAGUAACAUAACAGUGAACCAAUCACAGCACGCGAUCAAUUUCUGCUCAUUCAAUCAUCGAUCACGAGCACUUGUACGAAAUUAUGAUAUCACAUUGAACCAACCACAACGCGCGAUGGAUUGCAGUUUAUCCAAUCAUAAAUCACGUACACCGGUACGACAUUAUGACAUCACAUUGAACCAAUCAGAGCGCGCGGUGGAUUUAUCUAAUAAUUGAUUAGGCCUCUUGUACGAAAUGACGACAUUUCAGGGAACCAGUCACAGCCAGUACGCGAUCGAUUGUUGUUUACCCAAUUAUAAAUAGAAAUGACGGCAUGCCAUUAAACCAAAAAUGUUCUUAAAUCAUUUUUAGACAAACACUAAGAGACUGCAGUAUCAUUCCUACUUAACGAUCACAAUGACUAUGUUGUCAAAAAUGGUUAGCAUGACAGCAGUUGAUGCUCUUAUUUUAGUCUUUUUACUUCAACUAUUAUAUAUUUUCCCAUACUACCCAUAUAACCAGAACGUUUUUUCCCUUCUAAUUAUGAACGAGCGAAAAAUGUUAAAUUUAUUCCCGUUUAACGCGGGUUCUGUUUGCAAUCCGUGCAUGCAUAUAUUAUGAAUGAAAAUAUGGAUAGCGCUGGCGCUUUGUAAAUUUUAUAUUUAUUUUAUUAAGUUUAUGUUUUGAGCUUUAUGUCAAUGUUUGCAGAAAUAUAUAAAAAAUAAUCUGUUAUUAAUUUAAGUAAUAGAAAUAAAGCAAAGUUCGUUAAUCUUUAUAAUAGUUGAAAAAAUCAGUCAAGUAGACAUGGUUUGAUCUGACAUAUAGUACAAAUAGCAUUA